GCCGCUGAGCAGGUUUCGCUGUGCAAAGGGCAUUGCUGUCAUUAGAAACUGCUCCUCCGAAAUAAAAUCCUGCAGCUCGGAGAAUAAACUUUCUCGUUGCCAGUUUCCCCCCCCCCCCCCGAAGGAUUUUUAAUCGGGGCAAAUAAAUUUAUAAAUUGUGAGAUUUUUCCCCCCCGCGAAGGAUCAAUCGCCAUGUUCAGCUGGCUGGGGAGAAACGAGCGGGGUAAGAAGGAUCCCGAGCUAUUUCAGACGGUGACAGACGGCCUGAAGAAACUCUACAAGACCAAGCUGCUUCCCUUGGAGGAGUAUUACCGCUUCCACGAGUUCCACUCGCCCUCGCUGGAGGAUGCGGAUUUCGACAACAAGCCCAUGCUGCUGCUGGUCGGCCAGUAUUCAACCGGCAAGACCACCUUCAUCAGGUACCUUCUGGAACAAGACUUUCCCGGAAUGAGAAUUGGGCCUGAACCGACUACUGACUGCUUCAUUGCUGUAAUGAAUGGGGAUGUGGAAGGUGUGAUUCCAGGAAAUGCUUUGGUGGUGGAUCCAAAAAAACCAUUCCGGAAACUUAAUGCUUUUGGCAAUGCAUUUUUGAACAGAUUUAUGUGUGCCCAGUUACCAAAUCCUGUGCUUGAAAGCAUUAGCGUCAUUGACACGCCUGGUAUCCUGUCAGGAGAAAAGCAGCGCAUCAGCCGAGAGCAAGAGGAUGGGUACAGCUGGCUCCGUAGAUGCCCAUAUGGAGGUUAUGACUUUGCUGCUGUAUUGGAGUGGUUUGCAGAACGAGUUGAUCGUAUCAUCCUGCUGUUUGAUGCUCAUAAGCUGGACAUCUCUGAUGAAUUUUCUGAAGUUAUCAAAGCACUGAAGAAUCAUGAGGACAAAAUCCGUGUGGUGUUGAACAAGGCAGAUCAGAUUGAGACCCAGCAACUAAUGCGUGUUUAUGGUGCUCUAAUGUGGUCUCUGGGCAAAAUUGUCAAUACACCUGAAGUGAUUCGGGUCUACAUUGGCUCGUUCUGGUCUCAUCCUCUUCUGAUUCCAGACAAUCGCAAACUCUUUGAGGCAGAAGAACAAGAUUUGUUUAAAGAUAUCCAGAGUCUCCCCCGAAAUGCUGCUUUGCGAAAACUCAAUGACCUAAUCAAGAGGGCACGACUUGCAAAGGUCCAUGCCUAUAUCAUUAGUGCCUUGCGGAAAGAGAUGCCAGCUGUAUUUGGUAAAGAUAACAAGAAGAAAGAACUGAUUAAUGGCCUUGGAGACAUUUAUGCCCGGAUUGAACGAGAGCAUCAGAUCUCUCCUGGAGAUUUUCCUAACAUUAAGAAAAUGCAGGAUCAGCUACAAGCACAGGAUUUUGCCAAAUUUCAACCACUAAAGAUUAAACUGUUGGAGACGGUAGAUGACAUGUUAGGAAAUGAUAUUGCUCAGCUCAUGAUCCUAGUACGUCAGGAAGAAAGCCAGCGGCCCGUCCAAGUUGUAAAAGGGGGAGCCUUUGAAGGCACAAUGAAUGGGCCGUUUGGACAUGGAUAUGGUGAGGGAGCUGGCGAGGGUAUUGAUGACCUCGAGUGGGUUGUGAUCAGAGAUAAACCAAGCUACGACGAGAUAUUUUACACUCUAUCACCCAUCAAUGGAAAGGUCACUGGUGCGAAUGCAAAGAAGGAGAUGGUGAAGUCUAAGCUCCCAAACACAGUGCUAGGGAAAAUCUGGAAACUGGCAGAUAUUGACAAGGAUGGCAUGUUGGAUGAUGAAGAGUUUGCAUUGGCUAACCAUUUAAUUAAAGUCAAGCUGGAAGGUCAUGAACUACCCAGUGAAAUUCCACGGCACCUCAUUCCACCAUCGAAGAGAAAGCUGGCUGAGUGAAUCUGUGAAAUCCUCUCCUCUCUCAGUUGGGAGAGCACAGCACAAUAGAUUGAAGAUGAAAAAAGGCUGGAAAAUGAAGAGUCAGUCUUAAAUCUUAAGCAGUCAAAAUAGUAUUACAGCUUUUACAUAGUAAAUAUUUUUCUUUCCAUUAUUUACACUGAUUGCAAUACUAGUUUUCAAAGCAUAGACAUCUAUUUUAUUGGUUAGUUCAUUUGAUGUAGCAAAUUCGGUGUUCUCCGGAGAUUGGGCAAUAUGGUUACUGUUUGUUUGGAGGCAGGAGUUUCUUGGGAUUGUUUCUCUUCCAUGUCCCUUUUUUUUGUUCCUUUUUGAUGUGGAGUACUGUGAUGUCACCUUGUUACUGUGAGCAGUACUACAGAAGUUUCUGUUCCCCUUUUAAGGGGCGAUGAAAUUUUUCUUUUCAAGCUUCUGCCCUGUUUACCUUUUGGGUAACUGGGGUAUUUCCUUUAUCCCAACUAGUCAACUUCUACAUAAUGCUGAAGAUUAGUUCAGAUAGUUAACCACUGAAUAACUAGUUACUGCAAGGAUAAUUUGUAUUCACUUUAUAUAGACUUAGAUUUUAGCCACAUAUUGCAGCAGCUUAUGAGGAAUAGCUUCAUGUUUUCUCGAUGCUCACUCCAUGGACAGGAACAUUAGAAGAAAAAUGUUCACGGACCCACACUAGUGUAGGAAUAAGUGAUUUGCAUGAAAGCUUUGAUAUUUCUACAAAAUGAUGUUUGGAAACAUGACUUUUUUUUUGAUUCGUGAACAAUUCCUAUUUUGAGUAUUUUUUCAUUUGAAACUUUUUGAAGCCUUUACUGUGACUAAUCUGUGGCAAUGGAUUGUAGUUUAAUUGAAUAUGUGAUAUCUAUAAUACAAGGAAGGUCUUGACAUUGGUAAGGAAAACCUAAACCAAAUUCUAUUGUAUGGAGUACUGUGAAUUGUACAGCAGUAUAUUCAAAUAUAUACUGCAUGCUUAUUGAUCAAGUUUAAUAUAUAAUACCAUGUAUGGAGGAAAAGUUGCACAAAAUCUUGUACUUGCAUUCACACAUGUUCUAACUUGGCUCUUCUACCAAGUUCAGCAUCUCUUUAAAUGCAGUGAUUUGCAACAUGUUACCUGACCUUUGCAUGUUUUUUUUUAACGAGCUAUGUUGCAAGUUGCUGUAAAAGACCUAUCAUAAAAUGUUCAAUUCAGUUUCUUCCAUUAUUGUAUUGAAUACUCUGGAACCUGUUGAAAAAUGUUGCUUGUGAGAAUUUUGUAAAUGGAAGUUAUUUUUCUGUCCUGUAGCCGUUGAAAAUUGCUAUGGGGAAAAUCACUGCUGUUAUAUUUGAAACUACGUAGUGAAUCCACAGAUGUGCAGUACAUUAGUGCGAGAUCUGCAGUGUGAGUCACAAGUCUUGAUCUUUCGUUGGAGAGAGGCAAUAAGAUUGUCUUCCCAAUCAUAUGAAUAUGAUCCCAUCCCAACAGAUUGAACCCCAUUGACACAUUGUGACCUUUGUGUGGAAAUGGGGCAAUUUCCCUGAUGGAUAUUGCAUUUGUGCAGGGCCAACAGUUUUCUGAAGGCUUAACUCAUCCAAAAGCAUGUGGCACAACCCUGUCCCCCCACCCCCUGCCAAGAAAUUUGAAUAUUGCCCAAAAAUGUUUUUAAAGCCUUUUUUUCUUUAUAUGAAAUUAUACUUGAAAUGUGAAAUCACUUUUUAAAAAAAAAUUAAACUGGGUUAUGAAUGAGCUUCCACAGGUGAUUUUUUUUUUUGUUUUAGCACUCUGGGGUGGUGGGUGAAGAGGGGAAAGAACUGAAUGCAAGGGCUUGGAAUUCGUGGUCAGAGGGACUGUGGAAAGAACAUUCUUAUUGAAACAAAUACUUUUCUCUCAAUUCGUGCUUUAAAAGCAUUCAAUGUGAUUGUCACUUACACUGGUCCAUACUGAAAUCUCACAGCUGGCUGCCUAAAAGCAUCUUCGCAUCAUGAAUCUACUCAACUCAACGUCACCAGAAGUCUCCUUGCAUUGCUCUGGACUUCUUGGCGUCUGCACCAAUCUGUACAAAUUGUACUUGAUGAGGAAAUGUGCUGAACCAACUGCUUUGAGAUGUGGGUAGGCUAGGCACUUCAGACAGGCCCAUGAUUCUGAGCAGUUGAUAAUACCAGGUUUUUUUGUAAGCACCUUGAAGAUUGAUGGAGAAGUUUUAUUCACUAUGGGGCUGUAUCUCUAUUGUGCGCCCCAGCACUGCAUUCUGAAGCCCUUUCCAGUUUAAAAUUAUGAUCAAAAUAAUUGGUUAUCCUUUAACAUUUCACAGAUCUUUUUAAAUAGAUUUCUGUACCAUAUGCACAAUUUUUUUUUAGUUGUCUCCAGUUAUUGUUAUAAGAUGCCCUCUGGUUGCAACUUCUAAUGGAAUUACCAAUGCUUUGAGAUCAUUUCGAUGAAUAGAAUGUCAGUGAAAAUCUAACUACCAGAGUAUUCCUUUAUUCCCCUUGUUUUAUGGUACUUUUGCCACUAUUCUAAAGUUGAGAAUAAAUACACAAAGAUUAAUAGGUUUUUUAUCUUCAGCCACUGCCACACACUUCCCUAUACUCCCAGUGUAAACAUUGGAUAAUAUUCAUAAGCCCUACUUGGAUAACAAAGUGUGCUCCUAUAAGGACUGAACAUUUUUUACUGCUAUUUGUCUACUGAUAAAGUAACCAGCUUUAAUAAUGUGAAAUACACAAGUAGCCAAGUGUAACUUUAUUUCUUAAGUUUUAUUGAAUACAAAUUGCCACUGUAUGAAAUGGCCUUUUCUACCAUAGUACCACAACAGUAAGAACAAGCUAGUCUAUAUACUAGGUGUUAGGAAAGCCAGCUUCUUAUGGUGCGAGUUUAAUUGAAUGGGGUAAGGUUGGGGAGGAGCAUAUAUUGAUCAUUCACUGUUAGAGCUUGUAUUUUAUCUUUGGUGAUAUCUGCUGCAAUUGGGUGUCCCUGCUUCCCUGUUAGCUGACCAGAAGUUUUUAAAUGGUUCUGAAAUUAUUUCCAGUGGAAUCUUUACAUUUGUGUAUUUAAAUGUUUGGGUUAAAAUAGGAAGGUCACAAGCAAUUAUUGAUGUCUAGAGUCUUUUAAUCGAUUGACCCCUGCAUUCUUGCAUUAAUAUGGUCAUUAAUUAGCAAUGUUGCUGAAAUCUGUCUACAAAUGUUGUUCAGGGAGCCUGGUCUUCAAAGUGGAAUUAAUGAAGGUUAAAUACUAGUGAAUAACUUUUCAAAUCCCUAUUUCUGCAAUUGGAGGAGUCUAAGUUAAUAACAUUGAACAAAUUGGAGCACUUUGGCAUUUUGUACUUUUUCAUGGCCAAGUUCUCAUUUCCCCAUUUGCACUGUUUGUCAUUAUUGUGAAGAGUAGAAUAAAGACAUGUAUUUUUCUGUAGAUUGUGGCAUCCUGUCUGAUACUGUGUUUGAGAAUACUGUACUUAAAAGUAAAUCCUGGUCAUGCUGUCAGCUUUUUCAAUUGUUCAGAUUUGUUGUGGCACUUAAGUAAAUCUUAAAUAUCAAGCCUUCAUUAACCAAGCUUCAGAGGGUAAAAUGAGAGGGGGACAAUUGACCAUGGCUGUUGACUACUAAAAUAUUUAUGGUCCCUUCGAACAAAUUCUUCAAAGCAUGGGUAUUGUAUUUUUGGAAAUUCCAUGGUGGCAUUCCUGGUUCUUUACAAACUAUCACAAUGCUUCCAAAAGUUUGCCAAAAUGUUUUUUUUCUUUCUUUUGCCAAUAAUAUGCUAUUGUACAUUUAUAUAAGAAUAUAUCCUGUAUUAACAGUGUAUUUAAAAGAAGCUGUAGAUUAGAGAAAUGCUAAUAAAAUGGUG